AUGAUAACCUCUGGCAUUUACAAGAUCCGGAAUGUCUUGCACCCUGGCAUGUAUGCCAACAUGGCAAGUGCCACUAACAAGCUCAUGGCGUUUGUGGAGGGCGACACAUUCGAGGUCGAUGUAAAGGACCACCUCAAGGGUCUUGUGACCAUCAAGGAUAAAUAUAUCGGCGAGCUCAGUUAUGUUGUGAUCAAUGAUAAGACAAACGAGGUCGAAGGCAGCACCGAGCCCCAAGUGCUUCAGUUGUCCACGCAGAGCGGCAGCGGGGACGAAUAUCUCAUUCAUGUGAUGGACGUCGACAAUGUGUGGAUCUUGGGCAAGGCCCUCAAUAAGGAUUAUACGUAUGCCCAGAUCACUACUGCUCCAGCUCCUCCUCCGACUGAUGAGGACUACAAGAAGAAAUACUGGAAGUUCGAGAAGCAGUGA